GGGGGGUCCGCAGUUUCCCGCCUGCUACGCCUGUGCCCGCGGCCGCCUGGCCUCCACUCCCUGGAGUUCGAGGGAGCGGAAGGAAGUUUCUCAAUCCGGGUCUCCGGUACCAGUGCAGUUUGGGCAGUAAUUUGGCCUAGCGUUCUGACUGUAGCUCCGAGCAACGAUGUCGCCUAUGCCUUUUAAUUUAUCACCGCAAGUUAACGAACUUGUGUGUGUCGGUUUACAGCGCUGUCUUGUGCUCCAGUCGUGUUGUAUCCCCUAUUUUGCCUGUAGGCAGGUCGGCGGCUAUUGAGAAUCGGAACAGGGCCAGGAGUUGCCCCCUUUUAUUCUUCCGAGGGUGGAUCACGGUUGUGUGACUUUUUUUCCUGUGUCCGGCUCCGACAGCCAAGGCUCAAGAUCAUUUUCUAAUCCAGAAGGGAACCGAAGAUCAUCUGGUCUUUCAUCUCCUUAACUGCAUCGGCGAAGCCCAAGAAUCAGAGUCAGUUUACCCAUGGCCACAGGUGGUAGCCUGUGUCUACUAACUUCUAGUCAAGAGCUCUGCACUGCAUAAUAGCAGUUUUUGUGCUGGAGAGAGACGCUUGAGCCCUGGAAUAAGUUAAUGGAUUCCAAAAACUGGUGUUGAGGACCCUCUAGAUCGUCGCACCGCCAUCUCAUUUAAUCCUCACGAUCCCCAAAUUGUUACUUACGUUUUAUAGAUUUCAGAAUGACUUCCCUCUUGACUUUCACUUUUAAAAAUCUUCCCAAUACAUCAAAAUGGGCCCUCAGAUUUUGUAUGAGACCUCUGAGCAGUUCCUCCCAGGUACAAGCUGCCGCAGCUUCUCAGACUAAAUCGAAAAAAACCCUAGCCAAACCCAACAUAAGGAAUAUUGUGGUAGUGGAUGGUGUUCGCACGCCAUUUUUGCUAUCAGGCACUUCAUAUAAAGACCUGAUGCCACAUGAUUUAGCUAGAGCAGCACUUUCGGGUUUGUUGCAUCGGACCAGCGUCCCAAAGGAUGUUGUUGAUUAUAUCAUCUUUGGCACAGUUAUACAGGAAGUGAAAACAAGCAAUGUGGCUAGAGAGGCUGCCCUCGGAGCCGGCUUCUCUGACAAGACUCCUGCUCACACUGUCACCAUGGCUUGCAUCUCUUCCAACCAAGCCAUGACCACAGCUGUCGGCCUGAUUGCCUCCGGCCAGUGUGAUGUGGUCGUGGCAGGUGGUGUAGAGUUGAUGUCUGACAUCCCUAUUCGCCAUUCAAGGAAAAUGAGGAAAAUGAUGCUGGAUCUCAAUAAGGCCAAGACUCUGGCUCAGCGACUCUCUGUAAUCUCUAAAUUCAGAUUGAAUUUCCUAUCGCCAGAGCUUCCUGCAGUGAGUGAGUUCUCCACCAGUGAGACCAUGGGCCACUCUGCAGACCGAUUGGCUGCUGCCUUUGCUAUUUCUCGGGAGGAGCAGGAUGAAUACGCACUGCGCUCUCACAGCCUGGCCAAAAGGGCACAGGAUGAAGGACUCCUUUCUGAUGUUGUGCCCUUCAAAGUACCAGGAAGAGAUACAGUUACACAAGAUAAUGGCAUUCGCCCUUCCUCUCUGGAUCAGAUGGCCAAACUAAAACCUGCAUUCAUCAAGCCCUAUGGCACAGUGACAGCUGCAAAUUCUUCUUUCCUGACUGAUGGUGCGUCUGCAGUGCUGAUUAUGGCAGAGGAAAAAGCUCUGGCCAUGGGUUAUAAGCCGAAGGCAUAUCUGAGGGAUUUCAUGUACGUGUCCCAGGAUCCAAAAGAUCAGCUUUUACUUGGACCAACAUAUGCUACUCCAAAAGUUCUGGAAAAGGCAGGAUUAACAAUGAAUGAUAUUGAUGCUUUUGAAUUUCAUGAAGCUUUCUCAGGUCAGAUUUUGGCUAAUUUGAAGGCCAUGGAUUCUGAUUGGUUUGCACAAAACUACAUGGGUAGAAAAGCCAAGGUUGGAUUGCCUCCUUUGGAGAAGUUUAACAACUGGGGUGGAUCACUGUCCCUGGGGCACCCGUUUGGAGCCACUGGCUGUCGGUUGGUCAUGGCAGCUGCCAACAGGUUACGGAAGGAAGGAGGCCAGUAUGGUCUAGUUGCCGCCUGUGCAGCUGGAGGGCAGGUAGGUCACAGAAGCUUAAUACCUUCCAGAAAGUUAUUUUCUUAG